UGGCAGCCUCCACGAAGUACUAGAUUUUCCUCCAGUAUUUUUUAUUGGGAUGUUCUUCGCGUAAGAGAAGGAGUUACUGCAAAAAUUGUUAUGGCAUUCAGGGAUCUUUACAACAAAGAAAUAGAAUCAAGGAGGGAAUUUGAAUUUCCUCAGCUAAAAGGUUGUACUUAUGUGGAGCACAUUGGGGCCACUCUUUAUUCCAGAACUCAGAUUGAGGCUUACCAGAAGGAGUUACUAGGUAAUCUCUAUGGUAACCCACACAGUCGCAGUGAGAGCAGCAGACUCUCAACUGAUGCAGUGGAUCAAGUUAGAUUCAGGCUUCUAGAACACUUUAAUACAAACCAAGAGGAAUAUACAGUGAUCUUCACAUCAAAUUGUACAGCUGCUCUAAAAACUGUUGCAGAAUGUUUUAAUUUUUCUCAACCAAUGAACAGCAUUGAUAAAGCGAAAGAUGACCAAUCUCAUACCACAUGCCAAACAAAGAAAUCCAAGCAGGGUUGUUUCUGCUAUCUUCUUGACAAUCACACUUCAGUUCAGGGUAUGAGGGAAAGCCUGUGUGACCGGGUAUCAGCCAUUUUGUGUUUAGCAGAAGGAGAUCUCCAGAACAAAGAUGUCUCUAAAUCACAAAUUGUAAUGCAGCAAAGUCCAUAUAUCCCAGGGAAUUGUUUAUUUGUCUAUCCGGCUCAGUCUAACUUCUCAGGCUGUAAAUAUCCACUAUCCUGGAUACAGGAAGUAAAGAACCAGAAAUUUGGUUUCCAGAACCAGUUUACUGGGGACUGGUACACUGUGUUAGAUGCUGCAGCUUUUAUCAGCACUUCACCUCUGAAUCUACAGACUUGUCAACCAGACUUUGUCACUCUGUCCUUCUACAAGAUGUUUGGUUUUCCAACUGGUUUGGGGGCCCUUCUUGUCAAGAACUCAUCAGCCUCACUGUUGAAGAAGACUUACUUUGGAGGAGGGACAGUAGCAGCUAGUUCUGCUACAGAAAUGUUUCGUGUAUUCAGGCCAAACUUGGCAGAUAGGUUUGAGGAUGGCACCAUACCAUUUUUAGACAUUAUUGCUGUUAGACAUGGUUUGGAUGCCUUGAAGAAAAUAGGAGAUGGUAUGGGAAGAAUUUCUGGACACACAUUUUUCAUUGCUAAGUAUUUCCAACAUAAACUUUCUGGUCUUUGUCAUGGUAAUGGCAUGUCCUUGGCUGAGAUAUACACCAAUGGAAACUUCUGUGACCCAGGUACCCAGGGAGGAGUGGUGAAUUUUAACCUUCGGAGAGCUAAUGGGGAAUACAUAGGAUUUGCUGAAGUGGACAAGCUAGCCCAGUUGUACAAUAUUCACCUCAGAACCGGCUGUUUCUGUAACAUAGGAGCCUGUCAAAUGUUCCUCAAUAUAUCCUCAGAAGAUAUCAAGAAAAAUCUGAUGGCAGGACAUGUGUGUGGGGAUGACAAGGAUUUGAUUGAUGAGCAGCCUACAGGGUCUGUGAGGAUUUCCUUUGGCUACAUGUCCACCAUUAAAGAUGCUCAGCACUGCCUCAAGUUUAUUGUGGAGAGUUUCCUGGAAAAUGUCCAAGUGAUGCCCACAUUUACAGAGGACUGGGAUAAAGUAGAGUUUGACGAGGAAUUUCUUCCAUCUGUGAAAACUGACAAAAAGGUGGUCACAGAAAACAAAUUAAAACAGAAUGAAAAUAAAAUUAGUGAUAAUAAGUGCCAAACAUUGACAACUGUUAGACCAUUAGACAUGCCCAGGACAAGAGAUGGGAUUUUUUCUCCUACAGAGGAUAUAAGAAGACUGACCAAUAUAUGUCUGUACCCAGUCAAAUCUUGUGCCGCCUUUACAGUGUUAGAGUGGGAUAUAGGAUCUAAAGGCCUGCUCUAUGACAGGGAGUGGAUGAUUGUAUCUGACAAUGGAGUGGCAAUUAGUCAGAAAAGGGAGCCUAGACUGUGUCUAAUAAAGCCCUCUAUAGAUCUGUUAAAGGGUACUUUGACACUUCACUAUAAAGAUUUGGAGCCACUGAUAGUGCCACUACACAGAGAGGAGAAAGGUCCUCAGUACAACUCCUCUUUGUCUUGUACCAGUAAAGUCUGUAAUGACAGAGUGCUUGGUACUGAUUGUGGAGAUCAUGCAUCAGAUUGGAUCAGUAAAGCUUUACAGAGACCUGGAUGUCGGCUUAUUCAACAAAACAGUAAUUACACAAGAACUAGUAAACUAAGAGAUAAAAACACAGAGGUAAGCCAGGAGGAGAGCCUAUCCUUGACAAAUGAGUCGCAGUACCUACUAAUCACCAGACCAAGUGUACAGGACCUCCACAGCAAAAUCAAAGAGAGGCUGAGCAAUGAAAACGAGGCUGUAGAGCAGAUAGAUCUUGAAAAUCUAGUUUUACGUUUCCGAGCUAAUCUAAUUGUGGAUGGAGGAACAAGCUACCAAGAAGAUAAUUGGGGUAAUCUACAAAUAGGACAGAAUAGAUUUACAGGACAGGGUGGGUGUACUCGGUGUCAGAUGAUUUGUUUGGACCAGGAGACAGGACAGAGGAGUAGGGAACCACUCAGAACACUGGCCGUAUGUAGGGGCCGCAAAAUUCCAUUUGGAAUACAUAUCAGAAAUGAUGAACAAACUGAGGAUGCCAAACUAAGAGUGGGGGAUUUAGUCAAACUGUUAUAAAUAAUUAUUAUAUUGAUAAUAAUAAUAUAUAAGUAAUUUAAUGUGUCUGUGAUCCUAUUUAUGCAGUACUAGACUUACCUGGCCUAUUGAUUACAAAUGACUACACCAUUAAGCAGAUUUCAGCUUUGUUUACACUUAUUGCUCACAUUGUUAUUAUUUACCUUGAUUCAUUGUUAUUUCUUUUUUUUUCUUUUUUUUUUUUUACAAUCAAUGCAUAAUGGCUAACUAUAGAUACAAUGCUACGGUUGAACAAUUGGAUACAUUUUAUUUGUAUAAUAUUAUCAUGUAUUAUGUGCCAUGUUUUACAUUCCAUUAUAGUGCUACUGUUUUAUGGCAAAGAAAAUAAUUGUUAUCUAUAUACAUGUUUAUAAUUCCAUUAACCUUUGCAAUCAUUUGUUUUAAAUCUCUUGUUUUGAUUUUGAGGUCACAGGGUCAAGUCUAGAUAGUUUAUUUAUAGACAUCUACCAUUUGUACAAUGAAUUCCAACAAUACUGGUGCUAAAUUUUAUCCUUAUAUAUUCCUUUUUUUUAGUGUUUUUAGCUCACCUGAGCUGAAAGCUCAAGUGAGCUUUUCUGAUCACAUUUUGUCCGGCGUCCGUCUGUCUGUCUGUCUGUCUGUAAACUUUUCACAUAUUCGACUUCUUCUCAAGAACCACUGGGCCAAUUUCAACCAAACUUGCCACAAAGUAUCCUUGGGUAAAGGGGAUUCAAGUUUGUUCAAAUGAAGGGCCACACCCUCUUUCAAGGGGAGAUAAUUAGGAAUUACUGAAAAAAUAAUGGCAUCAUUUAAAAAUCUUCUUCUCAAGAACCAUAGGGCGAGGAAAGAUGAAACUCACGUGGAAGCAUCCUUAGGUAGUGUACAUUCAAGUUUGUUCAAAUCAUGACCCUCGGGGGUAGGGCGGGGCUGCAAUGGAGGAUCAAAGUUUUACAUA